GUGCGGUUGAAAGGCUACUACCACUUUGCAGACGCACCGACUGUGUCCCAGCACCAACAGCAGCAGCAGCAACAGCAGCACCAGCAGCACCAGCAGCAGCAACAGCAACAGCAGCAUCAACAGUAUCAACAACACCAGCAGCCAACUGAGCACGACCAGGAAUGGUUGGAGCUUGCGCAGCUCAGCAACUCAGCGAACUACGCACGUCACGGCGGUAGCUAUCUGCAGACCAAUCGUUACGUGUACCAUCGUCACCAUCAUCAACCGCAGCAAGAUCAGCAUUCGGCACAGCGGCCAUCCACCGUGUCCGUCGGUAGUCCCGAGCUGGAUGACGACGAUUACGAGGACCAGCGCAGCAGAGGGUUUGCCGCGGCAUGCAACAGCAGUGCAUCGUCAUCGAGCAGUACCUCCGAUACGUCACCGCACAAUAUAUCGUUUUAGGACGCGCUGCAUUCGCUUCUUCAAGCACUGAGCACUGAAGAGACAGGUUGCGGACAAAAGCGUACCGAAGUGGGACAAGCUACACACCGAACCAUGCUGGUUGGGCUGUAGGCAAGCGAUCGGUGACAACCUGAUUGAGAAGAUACUCGAACAUGAGCGGGCCCCGAUCGUGCUCCAAAACGGUUCCAUCCGAACGGAAGCCUAAACGGUUGGACGACUUUUGGAGUGUUUUUUUUCUCGAGUUGACUGAACAGUCCACAGACGACCUUCACUGGGACGAUAUCGUUUUUUUUCUUUCUUCUUUUUCGCCUCUCUACUGGAGAAGAUCAACUAGACACACUCUUAUGCCGCAAUGAUCAGCAUUCACUCAAUGAAGCGGCAAUGUCCAGCCAUCAAGAUAGGGUUUCUCAAAAAUUUUCUCAAUGAACUUCACUUCCUCCGAGGAUCCAUCCCGAUAUGGUUUAUUUAUCUUCAGUCGUUUUCUGUUUGUCUCCUGUUCCGUUCCCCCCCCCCCCCCCAACUUCGUGUUGGGUGGUUCUAUUUUGGCGAGCAAUUUGUUUGUCUAAAUGCUUGCUGCUCGUACACGUGAUUAGCGAACAACCACCAGCGACUUCACGAUUGCACCAAGGAAGCCAAUAAAUCCGGACUCGAGAGUUCAACCGCAGUUCCAACUGUACCUCUUUCGGUGGGAUGGAGGAAUGGAACGAUGCUGCGUGAAGAACCACAAAAACGUAACCUUUUCUGUCCCCGCCACAAAUCGAUUUUCGAGUGCUGUCAAAGUCCAGCUAACCAAACUCACUUUGUUCGCUUGUCCGAAGUGGCUGCUUGAGCGCGGAAUUUCGUUCACCCACGGGUUUUUGUGUCGUUCCGGUGUCUAUGUCCCGGGCCCCCGGGGUGUUGUUAUUUCUCUGGUAAUGGUAAUUGUCGUUAACCUCAACACUCGGGCCAACAUUCGACUGGAUGAACGUUUUAUUUAUUUCGUUGCUUUUUUUUUUCUUCUUGGGCCUAACAUCGUCCCAUCUUCUUGUGCGUGACGAUUUUUUGCUUUUUCUGUUGGGGAGUUUGCGCCCGGUAGCGGCACUCGAAUUGUGAAGUAUUCGAGUAGUAGUCACUUUACACGGGUAUUCAUACGACACGCACGCCAAAGCCGAACUGAUGACCUCAAUCGGUUGAUCGGUGCUGCAACUCAGCAGCAGGUUUCGGAGUAGGACGACCCUGGGCAAAGAUGUCGUCUAAUGUCGUGGAUGAUCAGUUUUGGGGAAGGUUUUUCGAUAGAACGAACAACGGUGGAAUUGUGUCCGAUAAGGUUGUCUAACCCUGUGUUCGGAUUCUAAAACUAACCAGUUUUCCAUCACUUGGGAUAAAAAGAAGAGUCGUGAGAGACAGGGAGAGAGAGAGAGAGAGAGAGAGAGAGAGAGAGAAAAUGUGUCCAUAUACGAGAGGUUUUAUCAACCUUUUUUUUCUUCUCCCUCUUCAAACACUCACUCUUAUUACCUCUCGCACCCAAAUUGGGGGUGGAAGUUGGGGGUCGUUUUUUGCUGCCCUUGAGAGUGACAGCUUGUGUCAAUAGUUGACGGUAUACGGUCCGAAAAGAAGUUCAAUUUAACUUCCCCAGAUUGAUGCUUUAGAUUUACUUUCGCAAUGUCUAGUGUGCCCAUCCCCAUUGGGCCAUUGGUUCUUCAUGGUUGCAGAUCCGGUGGAUGAAGAGGAGUAGUGGUUUGGUGGGAUGUGAAAAGUUUUGGGCCGGAUUUUAAUGGAUUCAAUUUCGAAAUUGAAAAUUAAUCAUAGAUGAUGCUCGUGUUUGCAAAUGGAUGUAGAGCUAGCUGAUGCUGAUCGGAACCGCUCGUGUACAUUUUUGAUGAGUUUUAUUCGGAGCUUGAAGAACUUCUUGUGGUACAUCGGGUGCAGAAGAGGCCGGGUGGUGGGGAGGAAAAGAAACUUUAAUUGCCAUAAAACUGCAUCACCACCAUUACCACCGUCACCGCGUGCAGGUGUGAAUUCCUAAUGUGCUUCCACCACUCAAACGUUACUUGGGUGAAUGUCUCAUUUUUUGGACACAAAUCGAACCUUGCUGUUUAGCUGUUGUAUGCUAACGAGAAACUCCGAACAAUAAAAAAACAACAACAACUGAUACUGGUGUGCUGUGAAAUGAACUUUCCUGGCGUUGAAAUCGCUUGAGAAACGCUUUCGGACAACCAUUACGAUCAGGUGUGUGUGUGUGUUUGUGGGUUUGCGCGGCCCAGUGAAAAUUAUUAUCUGUGUUCAGUCUCCCUCUCAGUCGCUUGCCUUUCUUCCCAGCUUACCUGGUCAUGUAAUGAAGUGUAGCUAUCGUGUUCAGUUAUCUAAAGAAUUAAAAUAUUUGUAAACUCUGCCGAUGCAAGAUGACGGUGUGAAGAUCACGGUACACGAAAAGGUUUCAUUCAAUAAGGGCCACAGAGCCUAGGAAGCGACCGUCACCAAAUGGACCAGCGUGUUUUUUUUUGUUAGGAAAACAAUAUGAACGUUGAACUCGAAAAUUGAAGCAAAGCAUGCAAAACAAAGGCCCACAAUCCAUCCCUCUUAAAUCAUCUAAGUGCACAACUGUGUGCACAGCUACACGAUACGAUAGUUUAAUCAAACAAACCGAAUCAAGACGAAUGCGUGACAAAACGUUCUCUUUAAAGCAAGAAGCAAGAAACUAAGGAGAAACGAUGGAAAAAAGUAAUGUGCAAUUAAUCUCUUCGCUAUGCAAAAAAAAAAAACACAGCCGAAACAAAAAUUCAAUCUAUCGCAUAAACGAAUAUUGAGUUUAAGAUAAACUUUAUAAUACAUUUUAAGUUACUGUAUCAAUCGUGAAACAAUAGAAGAUAUUUUUUAUACAUAUUUUUUCUUAAGUUUAGCUUAUUUACCUUCCACUCUUUUUCCGCUAUUACGAGUUUAUUUACCAGCAAGACUAUCUUGCGUAUCUCAGCUUUUGCUUUUCUUCGCGCUUAAUUUUUUCCCCCUUUCUAUCUAGUUCCAAUAGUCAACAACCAUAGAGCAACAUUAAACCGAAAACACCUUCCCACUAAUCAAAACUAAACAACACUACCGUAGUGCGAACACUACAUCUGUGUCCGAUUUGUUCGAACAGUUGGCGAGGGAAAAAAACGAUUAAAACAGGAAAAUAGAAAAGAAAAUCAACUUUGUACGUUUUAAGCAAUUUAAUGAAUCUUUGUACAUAUUAAUGAUAUUUUUCUCAUGUGCGAGCUAAGGUGAUAACGUCAAAGUUGUUUAAGGCAAGCUAAAUCAAACGUACACGAUCGUUGUAGAAUUUAUUCACAUUCCACACAUUCUACCGUGCGGCGUCGCGGCUAAGGAAGCAGUAAAGCAAAUGAAAUAAAACGUAAAGUUCGCUAAUCAUUUUCGUAACAAGCAAGAUUGAGCGAGGAAAAACGAAAGAAAAAAAAACGCAAAACAAAAUCUAUAAUUUUCCUGGUGCGAUACGAUUAGCUAUUUAGGGUUUUAGUGCGUUAGUGAGAUAAAUGCGCACGGAUGAUUCAACUUCAGUCUCAUUUUUGGUGCAGUUUUGUUUUGGUAAGGCCGGUACAUUUGUUAAUAGCUUUUAGUUUGUAGUGGAUACCAUUUACGAUCGUUCCGUAUGUUUUGUACCAAAACCCCCAACUAACCUUUUGCGCGGGGGGCCGAUGCGAACUAUCCGUGCGGGAUUGGGUGAUCACACUUAGUAAAACAAAAUGCCAGAAGGAAUAAAGGGAAAGCUAAAUGUAGAACGAAUUUUCAAGCAGUGAAGGAGGAAGAGAAGAAAAAACAGAACCAUCCACACUGAUGGUUGAUGGAAAUUAAUGGAAAAAUGGCUUCUAAAAUGAUUGAUUGUAUGAAAUCUUGUUUUCUCGCUCCCUCCCUCCGAAGCGUAUGUAGAAAGCUACGUUCCAUCCAAUCGAAUGAGAAAAACACUCAUACAGAAUUAGUAAAACAAGCAGUAACAACAAAAAAAGACCAGGAAGGAGUAAAAAUUGUAUAAAUAAAUUUAAAAAAACAACAACAAUCCCAACAUACAUGUUAAGGAAACAAGUAAAAAUGGCGUUGGCUUUCUACCGGGGAAAAACUACGUCAAAACAUCCUGGUAGUUUGGAAACGAGACGGUUUUACAAACUGACCACAUGUGCGGAACCCCAAACACAAUUCGAGUAAAAACUGUGAAACUUAGUGGCAUUUUUAUUUCCUUUAAAAGAAUCGAUUAAAACGAAUAAGCAAGUGGAAAAUUUAAAGAAGAAGAAGAAGAAAAAAGCAGAUCGAUAAUAAUAAUAAUAAAAAGUGAUUUAAAAAUAAUAA